ACAAAACUGUUCGUGACGACCCAUUUUCUUUUCUACGUGAAAAAAUAAUGAAUUAAAACAGUUGGGAGGCAGUUAAUAACCGUUUGAUAAUGUCAUUCAAAAUUUGAAAUUCCCAGUCAGUUAACUAAUCCCAACCUUCAACUGUAACAACCAACCCCGCCAACACUCGGCGUCUCCAUAUAUAAUUCUCUCACUUCGGCUAGUGCUGUAGGUGUGCACAAUGGAGCCCAACCCUCAAGACGCUAUUGGAAUCAAUAUCUACACCGCUUCUCCCACGGAAGAAUCGACCCAAAUCCCAUCCUCUUCCCAGACCACUCCUCAGGUUGGCCGGAAAAGGCGAGCAGUUGCUAAGGGAGUGCAGAAAACAAUAUCCAAAACUUCAAUGCUCGUCAACUUCCUCCCAACGGGGACCCUUCUCACGUUUGAGAUGGUCCUCCCGUCUGUUUCCGGAAACGGCCAGUGCUCUCCCGUUAGCACCCAAAUGAUCUACGCCCUUCUGGGCCUCUGCACCCUCUCAUGCUUCUUCUUUCACUUCACAGACAGUUUCCGAGGCCCCGACGGCAAAGUCUACUACGGGUUCGUGACCCCGAAAGGUCUAGCGGUGUUCAAGGCCGGGCUUGGAGUGGAAGUUCCAAAGGACGACAAGUACAGAGUUGGGUUCUCGGAUUUCGUCCAUGCGAUUAUGUCGGUAAUGGUUUUCGUGGCGAUUGCUUUCUCGGAUCAUCGAGUCACGGAUUGUAUUUUUCCUGGACAUGCCAAGGACAUGGAUGAAGUUAUGGAGGGUUUCCCUCUGAUGGUUGGGAUUCUAUGCAGUGGUCUCUUCUUGGUCUUUCCAAAUACUCGAUUUGGAAUCGGAUGCAUGGCUACCUGAUUCUUCCUUUCCUUAUAUAUUGCUUUCACUAUAUAUAUAUAUAUAUAUUGGUUGUUUGGUGUUUGCUUAAUUUGUUCUAUGUUGACGCAGCUUGUUCAUGUAUCAACUUAUGUAGACUUCACAGUAAUCGCAAAUUAAUCUCUUGUUUUCAUGAUUGAUAGCUUUUCUGUGCACUGAUUCACAAUUCAAGUACAAGG